AUGACAUCCUCCGAAUCAAGUCACCUCAAAUACCUCCGCGAAUGCCUAAAACUCGCCUCCAAAUCCCCUCCCCGCCCAACAAAUUUCCGCGUCGGCGCAAUCCUAAUCCUCCGCCCUGACACCCCCGACGACACUUCCUCCGACGACAAAAUCCUCUCUACAGGCUACACAAUGGAACUUCCCGGAAACACACACGCUGAACAAUGCUGUCUAUCGAAUUAUGCCGCUACACAUGGCGUCUACGAGGAACAAGUCGCCGAUGCGUUUCCGUCUCAGGGAGAACGAAAGGGACGCAAGAUCUUGCUCUAUGUUACUAUGGAACCUUGCGGCAUUCGUCUAAGUGGGAAUACGCCCUGCGUACAUCGUAUAAUCCAAACACGAAAGCGCAACGACGAUAGUAACAAUAACAACGGGAUAGACAAGGUAUAUUUCGGUGUAAAAGAGCCAGGCACAUUCGUCGGCGAGUCCCAGGGAUGUAAAAUGUUGACCGAGGCGGGUAUUGAGUGGGAAUUUGUGGGUGGAUUGGAGAAUGAGAUUUUGGCUGUUGCGACGGCAGGUCAUGAUAAGGGGAAUCAGAAACAGGAGGCGGAAGAGAGGGGAUCGAAUAUUGAGGCUAUUUCGCAGGAGGAAAGGGAGAGGCAGGCGCAGUUACCUAAGAAUCCAAAGAAGAGGAUGAUGGAUGCUGGUGUAUCUCGCGGAGCGGCACGCGUCAGCCAACUGAUCAACUCGACUUUGAGACGAGACUGCUCCUCUAGAAAAUAA